UGUCGCAAGGCACUGUGGGAAGAAGGAAGCGCUAAGGCCGCUGCGGUGCAUGCCGGGUAACGUGACCUGUGACAGAGGACAGUAUGGGGCGAGCGGCGGUGAGGAGCUGCAGGGACGGGAAGGUUUAGUGAGGACCAUUGAUUGUCAGCUACCAUGGGCAUCCUGCAGAUCCUAACUAAGCUGCCAUCAUUCUCGCUGGCAUCAAGAUGUCUUAUAAAAGCAUGGCCUAUGUGCAGACAUAUAUGUGCCGUUCAGUCCGGGACUCCGGUAAGUCACAGGCUAUCAUUGCACUGGAGUAUUGCACCACUCAGAACUUUUUCUGGCCAUGCUGGUGCUGACCAAAAUUCAGACCUAGCAGAGGAGGACAAAUUUGGGACAUUGUCUAAUACCUUAUCCACAAGGACCGUAUAUAAGAAAUCCUCUCCAGAGCUGCAGGACAUGAAGUAUGAAGAGGACGAAGAACUUACUGGUGAGAAACAAGCUGCUCAGAAGAGGUACAGGGGAAGAAGGAACACUCCCUACUGGUACUUCCUACAGUGUAAGGCCAAAAUAAAGGAAGACAAGCUAGCAGAGGCCUUGGAGCUCUUCGAAGUAAAGAUGCUAAAAGAGGAACGACUGCAGCCUGAAGAAAGUAACUACACUGUCCUCAUAGGAGGAUGCGGCAGAGCUGGAUAUGUUAAGAAGGCUUUUAAAUUGUAUUCAGAUAUGAAAAAGAGAGGUCUGGUACCUACAGAUGCCACGUAUACUGCCCUCUUUAAUGCCUGCGCUGAGUCACCCUGGAAAGACUCUGCUCUACAGCAUGCUCUGAAAUUACGAAAGGAAUUGAUGGAUAAGAACAUUCAACUUAACCCUAUCACUUAUCGAAGUUUACUGAAAGUCUGCUCAAUGUGUUCAGGACUUCAAGGUAGCAUUGAGAUAUUCAAGGAAAUUUCACAAAAGGUCUGUGUCAACACGCCUGAAAUAUUCAAUGUUCUGUUUAUGGGAUGCAUAAAGGAUGAAAAGCUGGGCUUCUUAUACGCUUUACAGGUUUGGAGACAGAUGCUGCGUAUGGGUGUAAAGCCAGAUAUAAACACUUAUAACUUGCUUAUUCGUGCCACCAGAGAUUGUGGAAUAGGAGAUGCUGCUGAGGCUCUACAUUUACUCAUGCAAUCCAAAGAUCUGGCACCCUUGAGUUUAAGUGCGGGCAAAGAGGAGCAAGGGAGGAAAAGCAAUGGAGUGAAGAAAAGAAAGGAAGGUUGUGAAGAGAUAAGGAGUCAGCCGCUUCUCUCAAGAAGUUCUUCAGAUAUUAGUGAUGACACGGCUAUAGACUUAGCAGGUUUUUCCAGUGUGUCCUCUCUUGAUGCCAGCAAUCUACCAAACCUCUUAGACCUAUCUAUAAAUACAGAUAAAAUGGUAUCACUUGCAAAUGUCAAUACCCCUUCUGACAGACUGGCGCUGAUUGGUGACCUAGGGGGCAUUCUUAAAAAAAUGAAAGGUGACAAAGUAUCCCCUACAAUAAAAACCUUCACGCUUUUGGCUGAAGUCGUCAAAGCAGAAUCUGGGUCAGAAUCGACACUCCUAAGUAUUAUGGAUGCGUAUGGAAUACAACCUGAUCUGACUUUUUUUAACACUUUGGUGUUGAAUAGGAGUAAAACAUUGAAUCUGAAGUCAGCUUUGAAACUGCUGCCUACAAUGGCACAGAGAGGAUUUGCACCAAACAUGCAUACCUUUUGCAAUCUUGCUAAAGCAUGCCAUAAAAAAGAAGAUGGUUUAAAGCUCCUCCAAGACAUGACGGUCGCUGGAUUCUGCCCAAAUAACAAUGUAUAUAGCACACUGAUAAAUGUGGCCAUCAAGAGGUUAGAUUAUGACUACUUAACCUAUAUUCUUCGUGACAUGAGGAACAGAAGUGUUGCUCCCAAUGAAGUGGUUAUCCGUCAGCUGGAAUUUGCAGCUCAGUACCCACCAGACUUUGACAGAAACCUUAAGAAGAAUGUGUACUUGGAGAAAAUUGAUGGCUUCCGUGGUUACUACAAUCGUUGGCUGGAGUGGAUGGGUGCUGAAGAAACUGAACACCCAUGGCAAAAAUAUAAAUAUACAAAAGUACACAGUGACUCCAAUGAAAUUAACUAGAUAUUUUUCACAAGUAAGAAUGUGUAUAUAUUGUAAUAUAGAUAAACAGCUAAAAUAUAUUCUUGAAUAAAAAAAAUCUCUCA